AUGUGCGUCUGCCAGGUCGGCUCCAGCGACGCGGGCUACGAGCUGCUUCGCUCGACGCCGACCCUGCUGCGGCAUAUCUUGUCCCUGGCGCGGUUUAGCUCGACGAUGUCGAUUCGCGGGAUCGGGAUUAUCGGGACGUGCGUCCUGGCACGGUGUAGGCGCUUUGCCGCGGACCUCGCGCGGGAUAACCUCGUCGUCUUUUAUAACCCCAACGCCUACAUCAGCGCGGACGGCGUCCCUUACUCCGUCGCCUUCGCCGACGGCAAGGUCCUGCGGGGGAUGAUGAAAAAGCACGCCCUGGCGGACACCAUCGUGACGCAUAUCUACAAGGACGGCAAAGGGCCCGACCCCACCGGCGUCCCCAAGCGCGUUUACGAGAACGUCUUCGCGCUUGCGAACCCGGUGAGCCGGGAGGGGGCCAAGACGGUGCUUUAUACGAUGAUGCGCCGCCGCCCGGAGCUCUUUUUGGAGCCCAGCGUGCGGAGGCUUCUCCUGGACGCCGCCGCAAAGUAUCGGAUGCGGCAUGCCGAGCGAAAGUUCAUCGCGGAUUUGGUCCAAAACGCCCAGUUGACAAGUCCGAGAGGUCGGAGGGAGGGGUAG